CAGACAAUGAAAAGAUGGUUUUCAGAUUUUAAUGACGAACAAAAAAAUCUGCUUCUAAAAUCACUUCUAGAUGGUUGUGAAUUACCUCAGAUUCAUCUCUUAUCAGUGAAAAUGGAAGAGAAGUUUCAUCAUGGUUGCCCCUUAAACUGUCAAGAUAUUAUAACAUGGCUGCCAUCUAAUAUAGCUCUUAAAAUAAUGUCUUACUUAGAUCCAGCUAGUCUAUGUAAAGCCUCCCAAGUGUGUCGGGUCUGGAGACAGCAUGCUGAUGAACCAAUAUUCUGGCGAAGGUUUUGUUGUCAACAGAAAUGGCGGCUAUCUAAGGCUGCUGAACAUAAACAAGUCAUUUGUCAUAUGUCAUCUGAGGGCAGUAUUCAGUGGAAGAAAGUAUUUGCUGAAAGAUAUCGUCUACGUAGUAAUUGGUUACGAGGUCGGUGUACUGUAAGAACAUUUGAAGGUCAUUCUCAAGGAAUAUCCUGUGUACAGUUUGAUGACAGUAGAAUUGUUAGUGGGUCUUCCGAUAAAACUAUCAAGGUAUGGAAUAUUCGUACGAAUGCCCCUUGGUCAGUUCAAACAUUAGUAGGACAUAGUGGUACAGUACGUUGUUUACAUCUAGACGGAAAUAGAUUAGUCAGUGGUUCUACAGAUAAAACUAUUAAGGUAUGGGAUUUAUCAACUCAAGAUAACUGGUCUAGUAUAGCUUGUAAAGUAACAAUGAUAGGUCAUACAGAUACUGUUAGAUGUUUACAGGUUGAUGAUGAUAAAGUUAUUAGUGGUUCGUAUGAUAUGACAUUAAAAGUAUGGGAUUUACGGACAGGACAAUCUAGGAUGACACUAAGAGGUCAUCAGGCAGCAGUGUUAUGUGUUCAUUUCAGUGAAACUAAAAUAGUUUCAGGUUCCUGUGAUAAAACUAUUAAGGUAUGGAAUUAUUCUGGUAGUUGUUUAAUGACGUUAGCUGGUCAUCAGGAUGCUGUGACAUGUCUACAGUUUGAUAUGACUCGUAUUGUUAGUGGUUCUCUAGAUUAUAAUCUCAAGUUCUGGGAUGUACAUUCAGGAGAGUGUGUUAAUACUAUAGAUUGGAAAGCAGCUGAAGGUCAUACUGGUGUUGUUAGAUGUUUACAAGCUGAUGGAUGGAGAUUAGUUAGUGCUGCUGAUGAUAAAACUAUCAAAGUGUGGAAUUUAGAAACAUGUCAAAGAUUAAUCACCUUACGGAACCAUACAGACGGUGUCACGUGCCUACAGUUUAAUGAUUUUAUAAUAGUAUCAGGGUCAUAUGAUAAAACAGUCAAAUUGUGGGAUUUUAGUUCCUGCUGA